AUGCAGCCAUGCACUGAAUACGCCGCUACCCUACUCCAAAGCACCGACAUAUGUCCGCCCGAUCUCAUCUCGUCUUCGUGCAUUUCGAGUCUUUUCAGGCACAGCUAUACUAUCACAUUGCGCCGAUAUCGGAUCCGCUUCAGUUGUCUUUUGACAAUUGGAUAUGCCAAAGGAUGUUUCCCGAUGAAACCGCUUGAGUGUGAUAAGAGCUCUGCUCCCCAAAAUAACCGCUCUGUAGUCGAACUUCAACUCGAACAAGCCGAUAACAUACGCAAAACCCCCCAAUCCGAGAUGGAAAUACAGAGAUGGCGCUUCACCAUCCUCGAAACACGAAGAUAUCAAAAUCGAUCCAUACCACCCCCAUAG